UUAAUUGAUAACAGUAAGUAAAUCGCAUAAGUCCGAAGUGGGUUGCAUUUCACUGUAACACAGGAAGUACUACGGUUGUAAUUUCACGCAGCGCCAACUCCUCUUCCGUCCUCUUUUCCCUCAGCCAACUGACGAAAUGACCAAGGGGACAUCGUCUUUCGGUAAGCGCAGGAACAAGACGCACACCCUGUGCCGUCGCUGUGGUUCCAAGGCCUAUCACCUGCAGAAGUCCUCCUGUGGAAAGUGUGGCUACCCUGAGAAGCGCAAGAGAAAGUACAACUGGAGCGCCAAGGCUAAGAGGAGGAACACCACUGGAACUGGUCGUCUGAGACACAUGAAGGUUGUCUACCGCCGAUUCAGGAAUGGUUUCCGGGAAGGAACUGCCCCCAAACCCAGACGUGCUGCAGUGGCCGCCUCCAGCUCAUCCUAAAAGACACAUUUUUGGUUAAAUAAAUGUGAUGUUAAAUUGGG